ACAACCACAAUUUCACAUCACGAACAUAUUCCGGGUACUACCGACGUUUAUCAGCUUCCUUCUGACUGUGUUGGAAAUAAUUUAUAUGAAUAGCGAGAGCGUAAAGUCGGUAAAGCGCAGUAAGGUUUAGUGUGGGUUUAGAUUUCCGUUUUGCGCAAUAAUCAAGAAACAGAUUGAACAUAUAAUCGUUCAGCUGUUGAAAACAUAGAGCACAAUGGAUGGUGCUUUAGAUGAAAAUGCUUCAAGUCGAAGGAAGCAUUUCCAUGGCAAUGUUUUGAAGUCAUUAGCUGAGACGUGGGAGGUAUUGACAGCAGAAACAACAACUGAUGCCAAACGGGAAGGACAUUGUCAUCCAUUUGAGAUCCCGGAUGAACCCAUUGAACAAAAUGAAAUGAUUAAAGAGGAGAUCAUCAGAGAGUGGAAUUGUAGGUCUCAUUCAAUGAGAGAAGAAGAACCUUGUACAGAUCCAUCUAGGAGUAGCCUGCCAAGUUAUGAAACUGAGGAACGUUUGCCUUUUCAACGGGUCCUGGUUGAUGGAGAAGAAGCCAGUGGUGUACCAUAUAAAGACCUGCAACAGGCCUCUGAACUCUUGUCUGAAGCCUUGUACAUCAGAAGUAAGUACAUGGCUUUGAGCUUGCAAAAUUUCUGUCCCUCCACGGAAAAUAUCCUCAAGACUGUCCACAAUGAUUAUGACAUUCAACGUCACUUAAAGAAGAAAGGAAUGGUAUCGAAAUCAUAUGAAGAUGUUGAGUGUUUGUCACAAACAAGUAACUUAUCUUUGGAGGUUUCCGAAAAUCCAUUUAAAGACAUUGAAAUUCCGAAAGAUUGGGGUUACAAGUUUGACAUGAUUGAUGGCGUUGUUCAGAUCACUGGAGCAGAUAAACCAGAACAAGAAAGCACGUUGUUUGAGGCAAACGGCAAAAUAAAGAGACAUCCACAUCCAACUUUACAGGAAUUUUUUGCUGAUUAUAAUAUUGUCCUUGCUCUCUGUACGCAUGGACCUAUAAAAUCGUUUUGCUUUCGUCGUCUGAAGUUUCUUGAAGCUCGCUACAACCUUCAUAUUCUUCUUAAUGAACUGAAAGAACUUGCUGAGAUGAAAAAAGUCCCACACAGAGAUUUCUACAAUGUUAGAAAGGUCGACACUCACAUUCACGCGUCUUCCUCGAUGAAUCAAAAGCAUCUUUUGAGAUUCAUUAAGAAGAAAGUAAAGUCGUGUCCACAAGAAAAAGUAUUAGAACGGAAUACACAACUUUUAUCCUUAGAGGAGGUGUUUGAUUCGUUGAAUUUAUCUAUUUAUGAUUUAAGUGUUGAUACGUUAGAUGUUCAUGCAGGUCGUCAAACUUUCCAUCGCUUCGACAAGUUUAAUAGCAAGUACAAUCCUGUUGGGGAGAGCAGCUUGCGAGAAAUUUUCAUGAAAACGGAUAAUUACAUCGAGGGGCGAUAUUUUGCUCAACUGUUAAAGGAAGUAAUAGCUGACCUUGAAGAAAGCAAAUAUCAGAAUUCCGAGCUGCGAAUAUCGAUCUACGGUCGUUCGAAAGAUGAGUGGGACAAUCUCGCGAAAUGGGCAAUUAAUAACGAAGUUUAUUCCAAUAACAUACGAUGGCUUAUUCAAGUACCACGUUUGUAUGAUAUUUAUCGCUCGAAGAAUUUAGUGAAGAAUUUCGAAGAAAUAUUGGAAAAUGUUUUCUUGCCAAUUAUGGAAGUUUCCGUGAAUCCAGCGUCUCAUCCCGAAUUACAUACGUUUCUAUCCCAGGUGAUUGGUUUUGAUAGUGUCGAUGAUGAAAGUAAACACGAGGGUGUUCUAUUUCACGAAGACAGUCCGUUGCCAGCCGACUGGACUAAUGAAGAAAACCCGCCUUAUGCAUAUUAUCUGUAUUAUAUGUAUUGCAAUAUCAUGAUGCUGAAUCAUGUGCGAAGAGAACGAGGUUUUAACACAUUCGCUUUCCGACCUCAUUGUGGCGAAUCUGGUGCGGCCACACAUUUAGUAUGUGGGUUUAUGUUAGCCGAAAAUAUUUCACAUGGAUUAUUGCUCAGAAAGGUGCCGGCUCUACAGUAUUUGUACUACCUUGCUCAAAUUGGUAUAGCAAUGUCACCACUCAGUAACAACUCGUUGUUUCUCGACUAUCAUCGAAACCCGUUACCCGAGUUUUUUGCCAGAGGAUUGUUAGUCUCACUUUCUACCGAUGAUCCUCUGCAGUUCCAUUUUACUAAGGAGCCGUUGAUGGAAGAAUACAGUAUUGCUGCCCAGGUGUACAAACUCCAUCCCGCUGAUAUGUCAGAAUUAGCUCGAAAUAGUGUAGUCAUGAGUGGUUUUGAAGAUAGGGUAAAAACCUACUGGCUUGGUUACAAUUAUAAGAAAGAUGGCGUUCGCGGCAACGACAUUCACAAGACAAAUGUCCCUGGUGUGCGCGUGUCGUUCCGUUAUGAAACCUUAAUCGAAGAAUUAACUACAAUCUGCAACGCCGCACGAUCAACAUCGCCUACCAAAAGUUCCAAAUGAUUGUUUUUAUAUAGUCUGGUUACGGGUAUAUUUGCAAUUUUGCGGGAAUGGAAUGGUGAAACAUACAUGCAUAUACAGUAGAUUAUAUAAUGUACUGUACAUAGUUAUAUGCUAGAGAAAUUUUAACCUUUUUAGUGAAUUUCCAAUAGGGAAAACACAUGCAGAUGAGGCAAUUUGUCAAGGGCUGCUUGGUUUUAGUUCCGCAAGGAAAGGGAUCUUCGUAAAAGCUAUGAUUGAUCGUUGUAACGUGAGAUCUGGAUUGAUAUGUACUCUUCAAUUUUUCAAACAACCACCUCCAGAUAUCUAUCCUUUGCCAAGAACAGUAUAACCAUAAUCAUGUCAACGUGUAUAGCAUCACGAAAUCAUCUUCCGCAAUCAAGGAUUAAUAAAUUUCGCAAUGCGUUUAGUUAGGGAAAAGCAAGAAAAUUAUUGCGAAAAGCGUUUUGGCCAAUCACUUUACUGAAUUUAUCGUUCGCGCAAACAAUGCACCCAGGGAAAAUAAGAUGCAUGUAUAUGCUGGGCAAUUAAUACUAUAUAUAUAAACACGCGAGCGCUGUGUCCGACAUUGCACGCCCUCAACAUUGAAUACCAUAAACAGAGACAGCGAUCAGAUAUAGGAAUCAAUUGAGGUAAAACUAUAUUUUAAAAUAAUGUGGGAAGUAUAUCCUACUCUAAUUUGGAAAUCAUUUAAGGAAAAUAAAUGUUGAAAGCGACCAGUUUUC